ACAUGACAAUGAUUCACAGCUACCAAAACCCAAAAUCACAACCAAAAGCUCCAAAACCACAUUCAAACCUCCAUGAGAAAAGAAACCUGGACCAUGGCUACAAAACUCUGCGACUCCUGCAAAACGACGUCGGCCAGCUUAUUCUGCAGAGCAGACUCCGCCUACCUUUGCAUCCCAUGCGACGGCAAAGUUCACGCCGCUAACAAACUCGCCUCCCGCCAUGAACGCGUGUGGAUGUGUGAGGUCUGUGAACAAGCUCCGGCAACCGUCACCUGCAAAGCCGACGCCGCCGCGCUUUGCGUCACAUGCGACCGUGAUAUCCACUCCGCUAAUCCGCUCGCUCGCCGUCACGAGCGCUUUCCGGUAGUUCCGUUCAACGACGCUGCCGCUGCGGCGGCGAAGAUCGGCGGCGACGGCGAUGAUUUGGAUGUGAAUGUCGCCAGAAUUGAAGCGGAGGAAGCGGAAGCUGCGCUGUGGCUGCUUCCGAAUCCGAAUAUUAACAAAAUCGGAGACGGAUCUGGAGAAGAUGAUCUGAAAGUUACUGAAUCGGAAUCGGAUUACUUGUUUAACGAUAUUGAUCCGUAUUUAGGUAUAGAUCUGAAAACGCCGGAUCAAAAACCUAAUCAGUUUGUUCGUCGAUAUCAAUCGCAAAACGACGGCGUUGUUCCGGUUCAAAACAAGAGCAAUAGUAUCCAGUUUCAUCAAUAUCAGCCGUAUCAAAUUCCUUCACACACACACGCUUCUGAAUAUAAUUCUUCAGAUGUAGUUGAAGGAGUACCUGCGUAUGACGUCACUGGAUCUAAACCUUUCAUGUACAAUUUCACAUCUCAAUCGAUCAGCCAAAGCGUAUCGUCAUCUUCGCUAGAAAUUGAAGUAGGUGUUGUACCGGAUCACAAGGCAGCAAUGACUGAUGUAUCGAACAACACCACCACCUCAUCAGCGGAUGUUUAUCCAACUCCGUUAGUCGGAUACGAUCGAGAAGCUAGGGUUUUAAGAUACAGAGAGAAGAAGAAGAACAGGAAGUUUGAGAAGACGAUUCGAUAUGCUUCGAGGAAGGCGUAUGCAGAGACGAGGCCGAGAAUCAAAGGAAGAUUUGCUAAGCGAACGGAAAUGGAUAUUGUAGAAGCUGAUAUCUCGCCGGAAUCCUCAUACGGCGUCGUUCCAUCGUACUAAUGUUGUAUCUCAUCAUGUAUGUUGUGUUUUGAUUAUUAACCCAUGUGUAUAUAUGUUAGGUGUAACGCUACUACUUACAAUAACUUGUACCGGAUUAUGAAUGUGUUUUUACCGAGCUAAUUAAGAACGUGUUGCCCUACAAGUCACGAGUUAAUUGAACAACCAUAUUUUCCU